AGUAAGCAUAGUUUACAUGUGAAGUAGGAUACUGUUGCGUACUUUAAUUUAUUGUAAUUUAAAAAAUUACAAUAAUUCUAUUUUCAAUGAUUUGAUUUAAAACAAGAAUACUUUUAUUCUUUAAAAAAUGGCUUCAAAUGACGGUAUACCUCCACCUGCUGCAGUACCUGGAUUUCCACCAGCAACUCCAAAUAUUGCUUCUAGUUUUGUACCACCUAUUAUGCCCACUGCACCUUUCAUACCUCCUCCUAGUUUACCACCUGGUCCACCUGGUAUAAUGCCUCCACAGUUUUCUAUACCUCCACCAGGUUUCAGUUUUCCAAUUACUGCUGCCCCUCCACCUGAAGCUGGAGUUAUAGCUGCACCUCCUCAAAUAACAGCACCAGGAAUUCCACCCCCAGCACCUAUAACAAGUGAAACAUCAAAUGUUCAACCUAUUACAGCAACAGAAAAGAAGACUGAUUGGACUGAACAUAAAGCUCCUGAUGGAAGAACAUAUUAUUAUAAUAGUGUUACAAAACAAUCUUUGUGGGAAAAACCUGAUGAACUAAAAACACCAAGUGAAUUGCUUUUAUCACAGUGCCCUUGGAAAGAAUAUAAAUCAGAGAAUGGAAAAGUAUAUUAUCAUAAUGUAACAACUAAAGAAUCUAGAUGGACUAUUCCUACAGAAUUAGAAGAAUUAAAAACAAGAAUUGCAGCUGAAGAAGCUGCAGCUGCAGCUGCAGCAGUUGUUGCAAGUGCUACAAAUACUAUAGUUCCUGCAGGUAUCCAGCAUUUAUCUCCAAAUGUCACAAUUGCAAAUACAUCUCAAACUAGUACACCAGAACCAGGAGGAAAGUCUGCAAUUGAACAAGCAAUGGCAGCAACUCUUGCAGCAAUAAACAUUCCUACUCCACCUGCAAAACCAGAUGAAGAUAGCAAUUCUGCAAAAGGAUCAGCAAAUGAUAGUCGCACCAGUACUCCAGAACCUAAAAUGCAAUUUAAAGAUAAAAAAGAAGCAAUUGAAGCAUUUAAAGAAUUAUUAAGAGAAAGAGAUGUACCAUCAAAUGCUACAUGGGAACAAGCAGUAAAAUUAAUUCAAAGUGACCCUAGAUAUCCACAAAUGAAAAAAUUAAAUGAACGUAAACAAGCAUUCAAUGCAUAUAAGACACAGAAACUUAAAGAAGAACGUGAGCAAGAAAGAUUAAGAUUGAAAAAAGCUAAGGAAGAUUUGGAACAAUUUUUAUUAGAAAAUGAUAGAAUGACAAGUAUAACAAAAUAUUACAAAUGUGAAGAAAUGUUUGGUAAUUUAGAAGUGUGGAGAGCUGUAGGCGAUUCAGAUCGUCGAGACAUUUAUGAAGAUGUUAUUUUUAAUUUGGCUAAACGUGAAAAAGAGGAAGCAAAACAACUAAAAAAAAGAAAUACUAAAAGAUUAGCUCAAGUUUUAGAUACUAUGACUGAUGUUACAUAUAGAACUACUUGGCAAGAAGCACAAGCAUUACUUUUACAACAUGCAGCUUUUGCAGAAGAUGCAGAUUUAUUAGAAAUGGAUAAAGAAGAUGCACUACUUGUUUUUGAAAAUCAUAUACGUCAAUUAGAAAAAGAUGAAGAAGAAGAAAAAGAGCAUGAAAAAAAACGUAGAAAACGACAAGAAAGAAAAAAUAGAGAUGCAUUUAUAAGUUUAUUGGAUGAGCUUCAUGAGCAAGGAAAAUUAACGUCAAUGUCAUUAUGGGUAGAAUUGUACCCAAUGUUAUCAGCUGAUUUAAGAUUUUCAGCUAUGCUUGGACAAUCUGGAUCAACUCCUUUAGAUCUUUUUAAGUUUUAUGUUGAAGAUUUAAAAUCUAGAUUUCAUGACGAAAAGAAAAUUAUAAGAGAAAUUCUAAAAGAUAAGAAUUUUGAAGUGCAAGUUAAUACUACUUUUGAAGAGUUUGCUACUGUUGUAUGUGAAGAUCGAAAAUCUGCAACAUUAGAUGCAGGCAAUGUAAAAUUAACAUAUAAUUUGUUACUCGAAAAAGCUGAAGCCCGAGAAAAAGAACGCGUAAAGGAAGAAACUAGGAAAUUUAAAAAAUUAGAAACUGGCUUCAAAAAUUUAUUAAAAACUCUCAAUGUCGAUUAUCAAAUGAUAUGGGAAGAUAUAAGAAAUAAGAUUGAAGAAGAACCAGAUUUCAAAGCAAUAACAUUAGAAAGCGAAAGAGUUAGAAUUUUUAAAGAAUAUCAACAUGAACUUGAAGAAAGUUGUAGUCAUCAUCACAUCAGAAGUAAAAAAAAAAAGACAAAAAAAGUAAAACGAAAAUCACGAUCGCGAUCACACAGUGAAUCUGAAGGUAGUGAUAAAGGUUUGAAAAAAAAAAGACAUAAGUCACGAUCACCAAGUAUUCCUAGUAAAUCAGAUAGUUCUGAGUCUGAUACUAGAAAGUCAAAAAAAAAGAAAAGUAAAAAGAAGAGAGGUCGUAGUCAUUCUCGAUCACAUUCGAGACUUCCAUCGUCUGAAGAAUCACCGGAAAGAAAACGUAAAGAAGAAAAGCAUAGAAGAGCUUCUGCUCAUAGUGAAGGAUCAGUAACGGAAAAUGCUGAACAUCAUGAACUUUCAGAAGAUGAAUUGGAAAAACAAAGAGCACAAUUAUUGCGUGAAUUACAAAUGCAGCAAGAAGAUAAUUAAAAAGAGUUUACUUGCUGACAAUAUCUUAUGUAAUUUUAGAUAAUUGCAAUAUUAAAUUAAUAUGAUUUGUACAAAUUGAAUUAUUCUUUUAUUUCACUAAUGAUUUCACUAAUGAUAUCUUUAUAUUUACGGUAAUUAAAAAAAAAAAUUACGUUUUAUAAUAUACAAUGAAUCAUUUAGUUGAAUAAAUUUUAUGUAAUGUAUUUAAA